UGAAAAUAAAUCUCUGAUAUUUUGGGUUGAUUUUUGCAGGUUGUUCAACCAUGGAAUUGGAAUACAUUUGCUAGGAAAAGAAGAUGCAAAGUCAAAGAAGGAAAGGAUAAAUCCAAAAGACAAUCACAUUUCAUUCCAAUGCUCGGAUAUGGACCUCAUAAUUGAGAGAUUGAAAGAGUUGAAGAUUGAGUAUGUAACAGCAACUGUGAAAGAAGGUGGAGUCACUGUGGAUCAACUCUUCUUCCACGACCCAGAUGGCAACAUGAUUGAGAUUUGCAAUUGCCAAACUAUUCCAAUUCUUCCACUUUCCUCUUGUCCUCUCAAGAAGUUCAACAAAUAUCCAACCUUCAACCAAACCAUUCCAAAUUCUUUUUACAGGAAUGGAACCAGUAAGAUGAAUUGCUUAGGAGAAGUGGAAUAUUUGAUGAUGGAGAACUUAGCCAUGAAUAUGAUAGACAUUUCAUUUUGAAUAUUUGUACAUAUCUUGUUUGGGGAUCUUCAUGUUUUUACCUAAUUGAAUUAAAUAAAUACGGAAAUUUCACUUGUUAA